UCUCCCCGCUGUCUUGCAGGCCUGGUGAAGCUGGGGGGGUUCACUGUGUCACAUGUCAAAAAGUCGCCAUAAAGAUCGUCAACCGAGAGAAGCUCAGCGAGUCAGUGUUAAUGAAGGUGGAGCGAGAGAUAGCCAUUUUGAAGCUCAUAGAACAUCCCCACGUUUUAAAGUUACACGACGUCUAUGAAAAUAAGAAAUAUUUGUAUUUGGUGCUGGAGCAUGUGUCAGGGGGGGAACUGUUUGAUUACCUGGUGAAAAAGGGGAGGUUAACGCCCAAAGAGGCCCGGAAGUUCUUCCGACAGAUCAUCUCUGCGUUGGAUUUCUGCCACAGUCACUCCAUAUGCCACAGGGACCUGAAGCCCGAAAACCUGCUUCUGGACGAGAAGAACAACAUUCGGAUAGCGGACUUUGGAAUGGCUUCUCUGCAGGUCGGGGACAGCCUGCUGGAGACCAGCUGUGGAUCCCCACACUACGCCUGCCCAGAGGUCAUCAGGGGCGAGAAGUACGACGGCAGGAAAGCAGAUGUGUGGAGCUGCGGUGUCAUCCUCUUCGCGCUGUUAGUGGGCGCCCUGCCGUUUGACGACGACAACUUGAGGAACCUGCUGGAGAAAGUGAAGCUGGGCGUUUUCCACAUGCCACACUUCAUCCCGCCAGACUGUCAGAACCUGCUCAGAGGCAUGAUCGAGGUGGACGCCACCAAGCGGCUAACGUUAGAACAGAUCCAGAAGCAUACGUGGUACAUAGGGGGCAAGAAUGAGCCAGAGCCGGAACAGCCCAUUCCCCGGAAGGUCGCUAUCCGCACGCUGCCUUCAGCUGAAGACAUCGACCCCGAUGUGCUGGAGAGUAUGCACUCGUUGGGCUGCUUCCGGGACAAGAACAAACUGAUGAAGGAUCUGCUUUCAGAAGAUGACAACCAGGAGAAGAUGAUCUACUUUCUCCUUCUGGAUCGUAAGGAGAGGUACCCCAGCCACGAAGACCAAAACCUACCCCCACGGAAUGAAAUUGACCCCCCCAGGAAGCGCGUGGACUCGCCCAUGCUGAACCGGCACGGCAAGAGGAGACCGGAGCGCAAGUCCAUGGAGGUGCUCAGCGUGACGGACGGCGGGUCACCGGUGCCGGCGAGGCGGGCCAUUGACAUGGCACAGCACGGGCAGAGUAAGGCCGUGUUCAGUAAAAGCUUGGAUAUCACUGAUGCCAAUUCCACACACAACAAAGACGAAAGGUCGCGGUCCAUCAGUGGAGCCUCCUCGGGCCUCUCCACCAGCCCCCUCACGAGUCCCCGGGUGACCCCUCACCCCUCCCCUCGGGGAAGCCCUCUCCCCACUCCCAAAGGAACGCCAGUGCACACUCCAAAGGAGAGUCCAGCUGGCACCCCCAGUCCCACACCUCCCCCCAGCCCCUCCAUCGGUGGGUUGCCCUGGAGGACUCGCCUCAACUCCAUCAAAAACAGCUUCCUUGGAUCGCCACGCUUCCACCGCAGAAAACUGCAAGUUCCCACACAAGAGGAGAUGUCCAGCCUCACACCAGAGUCUUCCCCAGAACUUGCCAAAAAAUCCUGGUUUGGUAACUUUAUCAACUUGGAGAAGGAGGAGCAGAUCUUCGUGGUCAUCAAGGACAAGCCGCUGAGCUCCAUCAAAGCCGACAUCGUGCACGCUUUUCUCUCAAUCCCCAGCCUGAGCCACAGCGUGAUCUCACAGACGAGUUUCCGGGCUGAGUACAAGUCCACCGCCGGGCCCACCGUCUUUCAGAAGCCCGUGAAGUUCCAGGUGGACAUCACCUACACCGAGGGCAGUGGGGCACAGAAGGAGAACGGCAUUUACUCGGUCACUUUCACACUACUUUCAGGGCCCAGCCGGCGUUUCAAGCGGGUGGUGGAGACAAUCCAGGCGCAGCUGUUGAGCACACACGACCAGCCGGGAGUCCAGCAGCUCUCUGACACUUCCUCUCACUGUUCGGAACUGCUGACGGGGAAGUUCUCCAAGUGUGGCAGCCCAUUGAGUAACUUCUUUGACGUAAUUAAACAACUUUUUUCAGACGAGAAGAACGGUCAGGUGUCCCACCCACCAGGCACACCCACCAAGCAUGGCGCCAGCGGCGGGAGGCGCGACGGCGAGCCUAAUGACUACGGCUCUAGAGGAGACUCAAAGUGUCCCGCUGGCAAAGAGAAAGCAAAGAUGGUGGCACCCUUUGGGACACAGGAGCAGCCCUAAAAAAAGCCAUAGCAGAUUAAGAUAGCAUAAAAUCCGCGUGAAUCCAACGGCGCCGGCAGGAGAGCUAGUGACUCACUAGUCUGCUGUAAAUAAAAUUGGAAACUAUCCGUAGAUGGUAUAACUUUUAUAUUAUGGAAUGACUGUAAAUAGAUACAAAGCAAAUAUUUUAAAAUUAGCACUUGUAAAAAAAAAAAACGGCUUCCCCAUUCCACUUCCCUCCCCUCCACAGGAAUAAUCGCAAUGUUUUUAGCUAUUGUUCUGUCCUUCUGUUUAUUAAUUUUUUGUCUCUUCCCCUGCUCACCUGUGUGAUGACCUGACUUGUUUCUGCUGCUAGGAAUUAUCCAGAAAACGUAUUAAACCAGCCUCCUGCUCCUCCUGCCCCCGUGCCGUGCAGCGCGAGAUGGCCAUUUGUUGACGGAGGGCGCUUUGCGAAGCCGGUGUGCGAGUUACCGAGGAAACGGACCCCCCUCUCGACUUCACACACACCCAAUCCAUCACCCCAACCACCCUCCUCCCAGUCUCCGGCAGAGCAUCGUAAAAAUGACCGCUCUCACACCGCCGACCUCCUCGCGUCUCCACCUAAAAGAAGAUAGACGGAGGCGGAGGAGACAGGUGACGCGACGACACGUGCCCAUCCCGCGCUGUCCCUCUCCCGCACGCGCACAGACAAACCCGCACGCACGCACGCACGCACGCACGUGCGAACUCCCGGGGUGUAUAAGAACAAUAGCAAAAGGAGGCAGAAGAAGAUGGAGCACCGGGCUGUCAAAGGCGGACUUGCAGGCCUGUUUUCUUUUUAACGUACACUUUUUGUGCAAAUAACCGGGUUUAAACUGGCAACACCCUUGGUGAAAAAAAAAACUGUACGCCCCCUUUCAGAAGCAAAAGGGGGUCUGGAAAAGUAUUCGGGGGUGAGUUGCGGAUGUGGGAGAGUUGAUGGGAUUAAGCAAAUGAAUGAUCUAUUCUGUUGUACAGGCUGAAUAUGUUUCUUAUGUAAAAAUGUCUAGUUGUGACACUGUUUAGCUUUAGGGUCAGAUUCGAGAAUUGUGUUGCCACAAUCCCCCCUCACCCCUUUACUUUGGUAUUUUCCUGUUAAUCACUUAUUCGCUUUUCGUUCAGGUUCGUUAUCCCUACUCGCUGUUACCUCCACCCACCUCCAAUUUUUAUGUGAAAGUCUCUGGUCUGACGCUGUCAGACAGGGAGAGAAAUGUAUUGGCUGAUCAUAUUGGAUCUUUAUUAUUUAUCUUUAUAUAUCUUUAUUUGACUUUAUUUGUGUCUUAAUUUAUUAAGUGUUGGCUAUAUAU